AUGUUCAAUUAUUCUUAUGAACAUGAUGAUUUGGUUAAUGCACUACGAGUAAAACCAUAUUCACAACGGAUCACAUCAAUAAUUUCAUGGUGUCUUUAUAGUAAAUCAGCAAAAGUUCAGCAACAAGGUGCAAAUUUAAUAUCACGAAUUCCAGCAGUUAUGAAAAUAUGCGAAGAAGAGUUGAUGAGACAAAUUAGAUCAUUAUUAAUUAUUGCAGUAAUACAUUAUGUUCAUUAG